AGGGUAUUUCACAAUAUUACGAUAGACAAAUUGACAUUUUUCUCCAUACAAUAUAAAUCCUUUUUUUGGGCUAAUAAAAGCAGGCUUAUUAUCUCCUGCAAAAAUAUAUCAUAGGAUCUCAUAUUUUGGAGCUAAAAGCGAAAACUCAAGGUCAAAUGUAUAAGAGCAGCAGUCAACAACUAUUAACGGAUGGCAAACAUGAUCCUACCACAGACCCCAAAGGGGGAGUACAACUAUAUUAGUAACGACAUAUGGUUUCACUUGACCAAUUACAUAGCUCCAAAAGAUGUUCAAACGUUUGCAAUGAUUUGUAAACAAAGUGCGGAUUGUGUAAAAUCUCUGCAUUUCUGGCGUCAACUCUACCGAAAAUACUGCCUAACUUCUUCGAAACUACCAAAACAUUUGCAAGCCCAUCAAAUUGCGAACUGUGAUGUGAAUUCCUUAAGGACUUUGGUUAUAGAAGCUCUAUUCUAUUGUCAUCAACCACUGAGUAAUCAUUUAAAAUCAAAUUUUGCAUUGGAAGCAUUGUUGGGAAAGUCAUGUGUGUCCUCAUGGCAACUAAGAGAUCAGCAGUGUACUUGGAUAAUGUGCUACAAAUUCCAAGGUCAUAUGAGAAAACCUAAACACAAUCCACAUCACUUUGAAAAGCAAGAUCGUGUUGAAGUUGUGGAUGAUUGGGAAUCUUUGGCAAAUAGCGAUGAUGAUGAUGACGGUGGUGGUUACGUUGUAAAUAGCAAAAAGUUAAAAACAGAGUAUACAAACGAAGCAGCUAGUCUCUUAGUUAUAUGGUGUGAUCGCUUUAUACCAUUUCCUUCUGACUACCUUAAUACGAAUUCCUCAUCUGCCUUACGAUUGAAAGCAGUACGAGAGCUUUUGUCUACCGAUAUGAGAUCAAUUAAUUUGGAGAUGGAUUUAGCUUCCUUGACUGGCGACCAAAGUAUCACUUGGAAGUAUAAGCAAAUAAAAAAAUAUAAAGUAUUACCUUGGUGGCAUAGCGACUUUAGAAAAUUUAAUAAAUAGUGCGAACAAAAACACAA